AAGAAAAAGAAAAUCUACUCUGAAAACAAUCAGGCAAAACGCACAAGGAGAAGAAAGCAAAAAGUAUGUUUUAUUUGAAGGAUGCAGUAUCCUCAAAACAAGAAUUGCAAGAAAAGAAAGCCAUAUAAACGGGUUUCUACAGUAUAACGACGGACACGCACCUAGGUACCCAACCCACCGUGUAUCAUAAACUUGUCGGAAGAGGAAAUUAAUAAGAAGAAAGCGGAAAAAACAUUUUUGGAUUAUUUUAGAAGUUUAUGGGAAAUAACAAAAGCAUGAAUCAAGCAUCUAAUGCCUCGGGUACUACACAUACGACAAUGACUUUGUUGGAUGAUGGCAAUAGUUCAAUUAGUAGCACGUCGCUACUGGCUAAUGGUAUCACCCUCGAACUGGAAGAUGAUCUGGACAGUAAUAGAACGUUUUCGCAGGCCUCUCAAAGUUACAGCGGCAGCGUAGAGAAGAUGCGUCAAAAUGUUUCCACUAGUUUGAUUAUGAUCACACAUCGCAUUUAUAAUUAUUGCAAAAGAAAAUUUAUUGAAUAUGAGCAUUUACCUACAGCUACGUGUGAAGAUAUAUGCAUUGAGUUCAGUCGGAACAUGGGCAUAUUACCCAAUACUCGUUAUCUGUUUGGUUUACGUGUAUUGGAGGCAAAUCAGGUUGACGAAUGGGUAUUACCCGGUCAACCACUUCGUCCCGAUGUUACAUAUUGCUUUCGAAUGCGAUUCAAGGUACCAUCUUUAGAACUUUUACAAAUUAUGGACCGUGCCUCCUACGAAUACUUGUACAAUCAAAUGCGUUAUGAUGUUGUAAAGGAAUGCAUACCCGACAUCCGAUAUCCAUUUAAAAAGGAUAAUGUUAUGGGUUUGGGUGCUAUGAACAUGUGCAUUGAUUUGCUUGAGCAAAGAGAAUCAGCUGAACGUAUUGAAAAGAAUUAUAAAAGCUAUUUGCCACAGCCGUUGGUCAAAACUCAUAAAAUAUUCAGUCGACGUAAAAUUUGCCAGACGUUUCGUCAUUUAUGUAGACGACAACUUGAUUUAGCUGAUGUCAAACUUAAUUAUGUACGUGAGGUAAACAAUUUGGCUCCGGAUUAUCUACUAGAAACUUUUGCUGGUUUGGUCGACUAUAUACCGGGCGAUAAAUUAACGCCACAUACGAAUAUAGUUGGUAUAUUGAAUCCUACCGAGGCCAAGGUUUUCAUUAAACUAGAUUUGUUUGACACAAUUGAACCGGGUUUGAAAGUGGCUCGUAUAACCAGCAAAGAGAAAUUGGAGUGGAUUCUUGUCAGCAAGUUGGAAAACAUUUACGCUUUAUGCGUAAAAAGCAAUAAUUUACAAACUCCUUACGCUCGUUUAGAAAUAACUGGUAUGCCGCACGGAUAUCGUAUACAAUUUGAGGGAAAAAUUCAGUUAGAAUCCUUUAUAUCUUACAUAUCAGGAUAUAUGAGAUUAACUACAAAAUGGAUGCUGGAUUUAUGUGUGCAAUAUAUAACACCGUCUUUGGCUGAAUUGUUCGCUAUAGACUGUCACGGUCCAAUAGGCGGCACUGUUUCAUUUGCCAAGAUACGUGAAAGGCGCAACAAUUGCGGCAGUUACAUUGUACGGCAAUGUGAAAAAGAAUACAACACCUAUUACAUAGAUAUAAACACAAAAUCUAAUCGUGCUGGCUUGCAGCCGGAGAGGUACAAAACUGAGACAUAUAAAAUUACUAAAAAAUUAUGUACAGUGAACAAUGGCAUCACAACCAAUCCACCCGUUAAAUGGAUUUUGCAUUAUAAUAGCACGCGGAAACCAUUUGAUAAGCUCGCAGAUUUGGCCCAAUUUAUACCUGCAGAAAGUGAACAAAGAUUUCGUAUUAAGCCAUCGGAGUAUGAUAAAUCUAAUCUCUUAACUAUAUGUUCGCCAAAAAAAGUUCAAUCCAAUGAAACGGAAACUGAGUUAAAUGAAGCUGAGCUGCAACGUAAACGUGUUCAAAUUCUGGAUCCACCACGCGAUCUGCAAUGGUAUCAAAAUUCAUCAAGUGAAUGUGAUAAUGGACGGAUGAUUAAAAUGCGUGCAGAUUGGGUGCAAGAAGGUGGCUUUAAAGAUGUAAAUGUUACAUUAAAAGUACUUAAGUAUGAUGAAGAUUUUCCGAAAUUUAUGAAUUUAUCCAAUACAUGGAGUCGCAUUUAUUCACCGUAUAUUAUAAAAUUAUAUGGAUUAACUUUAACUACUCCGUACACGAUGGUUAUGGAAUAUUCAAAAUUUGGUCCGUUGAAUGAAUUCCUGCAGCAUUAUAAAUCGAAAAUUUCUUUGCAUCAAUUAUUGGAUGUGGUUCACGGUUUAGUGCGCGGCAUUGUUUAUUUGCAAGAGCAUGGUAUUAUACACGGAUUCAUUCGAUGUUCAAAUUUGCAUGUUACAAAGUUUGAUCCCAAGAAUCAAUUAUUAGAGGCGAAAAUCGGCGAUCACGGUUUCCCUCGACCAUAUCGGCGCGAUGAAUUACCUUGGAUACCAUUCGAGUAUCAUAAUAAUCUUAGCCUUGCUGAAAAACAUCUCGAUAUAGAUUUAUGGGCUUUUGCUACAACGAUUUGGGAGAUUUUCGCACGCGGUCAAUCGAUUGGCCACGUAACCAGUGAAAGUUUACGGCAAAAUUAUAAUCGCUACGGCGGCAUAUUGCCGAUACCAUCAGAUGAUUGUCCGCCUGAAAUGUUUGAGGUGAUGAUGGAUGGCUGGAGUACAGAACCUGACACGCAUACACAUAAAAAUUUCAACCAUAUGCAAAUAUUCCAACGUCUGAUAUUCAUAAAAGAGAAUCUUGAUGAAGAUUAUUCCACUAUUGAAUGGCCAGAUGAACUAAUGGAUGCCGAUCAAGUUAAUGAUUCCAAUAACGGCGAGGGACAUAAUCAACACCUGAAUGGUAUGCGUCACAACGGUUUUGGAUUAGAUGGUAAAAAGCCAAGUAAUUAUCGGAGUUAUUUUGAUACAACACCCUCGGUACUGGAAAUUAAAAAUGGUAAAGUUAUAUUCAAAAAUAAAAUCGGCGAAGGCCACUAUGGUACUGUACAUUUGGGUGAAGUGCGUUAUAAUACACCGAUAAAUGCCCGAGAACUGGUGGCAAUAAAGACUCUAAAAUCGCUAAGAGCUCCCCAACUGAAUGAUGAUUUCAUGCGUGAAAUAGAAAUUAUGGAGACAUUGGACCAUCCAAACAUUGUGAAAAUUAAACAUUGGAUACAACGGCCGUUUUGCAUUAUUAUGGAAUAUUUAGAAAGUGGUUCAUUCUUGGUAUAUCUCACCUCACGUAAACCAAAUUUAACUAAUCAGAAAUUAUUAGGUUUUGCUCUAGAUAUAGCUCGGGGCAUGGACUACUUGGUUAGCAAGAAUGUAAUACAUCGUGAUUUGGCUGCACGUAAUAUAUUAGUAGAUCGUGAUAGCGUAAAAAUCUCCGAUUUUGGUUUAGCUCAAAGGGCUGACUCCGACGGUUAUUAUAUAGCUCAUACUAAUAGGGAAAUACCUAUUAAAUGGUAUUCACCCGAAGCCAUUAAAAAAGAUGCCAAAUUCUCUUUCCAAUCAGAUGUUUGGUCAUAUGGUGUAACGCUGUUUGAAAUGUUCUCGAGAGGCGAAUCGCCAAAUUUAGAUCCAGACAAGGAACUAACACAGGAUGAAUUCUUGCAAAGACUGGAAAGGGGGGAUCGGUUACGACAACCAUCUCUCUGCCCUGAUUAUGUUUAUGAACGCUUAAUGCUACCAUGUUGGCAUAGUAAUCCGAAAAUGCGACCCACCUUUAGGAUGGUAAUCGGAAAUAUCCAGUCAAUUAAAAAUGAAACUUGCAAUUUUUUACCAAAGUCAGAGCUUAGUAUAACACCAUCUUCAUCACCUGCCAGUACUACGCCAAAUUAAACGGUUACAUAUGCGGUAUUUACACCGAUGGAAUUUACUACCUUUUAUGAUAAUGGUAAUUAUAUUGCGCACGAAGAAAUGAAAUUUUUAAUCUCUAUAGUUUUUAUAAGAAAGUCUUUAAAACAGCCACAUUUAUACGAUCGUUAUUAUAAUAAUGCUUAUAUUUAUUUUAAUCAUUUUGUUUUUAAAUUAAAUGUUAAAAUAU